AGUUUUCGGUUAAUGAAGGAUCUGUGUCCAGGAGGCAGUAGGGUUUUGUGCUGCGGAGUGAAGAUGUGUGUCUCGGAUGAAUGGAGUGUGCACCUUCUGGGCCAGAGCCCAGCUUCCAGAACAUUUGGGAGCCGAAGGAUCUAAGCUGGCAGGACCCUCUCCACAGAAUGUGCUCUUCACCAAAGAGCGGGCCGAAGCUGGCGAAGAUGAGAAUCCUGGCGGGACCUUCAAGAGCACUAACAUUGCAGUAGCCCGGCACCUGUGGGUGGCAGUGACCCCCCCAGUCCCCUCCCCUCCAUCUCAGACCGUGAUGGUGUAUUGACCGAGAAGAACCCUGUUUUUUUUUAUUUUUCCUUCCCCUCCCUCCCCCCUCAAGUUUCGGUGGCUUUGGGAUUUGUAUGGCAGCGGCGUAACCGUGGAGAGGCCGGGGUAUCACAAACUUAUGGAUUUUGAUAAGAGAGGAGGGAAAGGGGAGACAGAGGAAGGCAAAAGAAUGUCCAAGGCAGGUGGAGGAAGGAGCAGCCAUGGGAGCCGGAGCGCAGGGACGAACUCUGGAGUCUUAAUGGUGGGCCCCAACUUCCGUGUCGGGAAGAAGAUUGGAUGCGGCAAUUUCGGGGAGCUCCGUCUAGGGAAGAAUCUCUACACCAAUGAAUACGUAGCUAUAAAAUUGGAACCGAUAAAAUCCCGAGCCCCACAGCUGCAUCUGGAAUAUCGGUUUUACAAACAGCUCGGAAAUGCAGAAGGAAUUCCUCAGGUUUAUUACUUUGGGCCCUGUGGGAAGUACAAUGCCAUGGUGCUGGAGCUGCUGGGACCCAGCCUGGAAGACCUGUUUGACCUGUGCGAUCGGACCUUCACGCUCAAAACCGUCCUGAUGAUAGCGAUACAGUUGAUCACGCGGAUGGAGUACGUUCACACCAAAAGCCUGAUCUACAGAGACGUCAAGCCGGAGAACUUCCUGGUGGGGCGGCCGGGCAGCAAGCGUCAGCACACCAUCCACAUCAUUGACUUUGGCCUGGCCAAGGAGUACAUUGACCCAGAGACCAAAAAACACAUCCCCUACCGAGAGCACAAGAGCCUGACGGGGACGGCGCGAUACAUGAGCAUCAACACGCACCUCGGGAAAGAGCAAAGCCGCAGGGAUGACCUGGAAGCGCUAGGGCACAUGUUCAUGUACUUCCUGCGGGGCAGCCUCCCUUGGCAAGGACUCAAGGCUGACACGCUGAAGGAGCGGUAUCAGAAGAUCGGAGACACCAAAAGAGCCACCCCCGUCGAAGUCCUGUGUGAAAACUUCCCAGAGGAGAUGGCGACCUACCUGCGCUACGUGCGGCGGCUGGAUUUCUUCGAGAAGCCGGAUUACGACUACCUGCGCAAGCUCUUCACGGACCUGUUCGACCGGAGUGGCUACGUCUUCGACUACGAGUACGACUGGGCCGGGAAGCCGCUACCAACUCCAAUCGGCACAAUCCACAGCGACGUCCAGGUGCAGCCUCCGAACAGAGACAAAGCACAGCCACACGCCAAACACCAGCGGUGGGAAGAAGGGAGACUGGUAACAUCCCCAGUGGAAGGUUAUCCGCAGUGCGGUAGCUAUACCAGGCUCUUCACAGAACGAGAGGUCCAGUGCAAUCCCAGAGGAUCUGAUACACAGGAGCAGUCGCCCGAGGGGAACGAGUUGGGUGAUCCUCAGGCUAGUCAGCAGCCUGCCGAGGAACCUCUAGGAACUCACCUAGCGACCAGCAGGCUUGGGGGUUCUGUGCAGGUGAUGAGUUCCACCAACGGAGAACUGAACACGGACGACCCAACCGCGGGACAUUCGAAUGCCCCGAUCACGGCGCCCGCCGAGGUGGAGGUAGCGGAUGAUACAAAGUGCUGCUGUUUCUUCAAGAGGAGGAAGAGAAAAACCAUCCAGCGCCACAAGUGAUCUGCCAGGGACAUCACGGAUCAGUUUGUGCCGUAUCGCCUCCAACUCUGGCUACGGAUGGGUCUAGAUUCCUGAUCAGAUCUGCAAGGCCUUCCUGCCCUCUGAUUUUGAUGGGGGUGGGGGAAGAGCCGUCAUGACUUCACCGCCCCGCACCACGUGUGUGGAUGGGGAGGGGGGGAGGGAAGUUCCCAAACUGCUUUACUUUUCCUCCACCACAUCCACCCAGUGAUCGUUUACUCAAACCAAGUCAGACUUUGCCGACGUUCCCACGCCCGUCUGUCGUGCAGUCCACAGAGAGCAUUAAGCUAUUUAAAAACAGAAACCAACCAACCAAACCCACAACGUGAAUUUCUUUUGAUUCUAUUAACUAGUUUGAAAACGGGGAUCAACUCUACAGACUCGAAAAACGUUGCUGGCGUAGAAGAAGCCGAAGAUAAUUUCAAGAGCGGUGGGCUAUGGAGAAUUUUUUUUUCCCUGUCGCUUCUUUAUCUCCGAAGUUAAUUUAAGUCUCCGUGCAGAGUGCUGAGUUGUCAGUCUUUGACCUUCCUCUUUUUAGUGUUACGAAAUUCUGCUUUUCUUUUAAAGAUUGUGUUUUCCCUGUGAGCUCCCCCUCCCCCAUUUGGUUAAAAUUCUUUCCUUGUGGGGGCGAUCAGUCGCUAUGUUAGCCGAGUCUCUGGUACGGUGACGCGUGGAGGAGGGACUCGUCGACACUUUCGUUUUACGAUGCACUUUUGCUAGCAAUACAAGCGAUGUUUGGUCUUGAAA